UCUUUAAAUAAAACAGAGGAUAGUAGCAGUGCCCCUAGCUUCGUCUCCUUCGCUCUCUGUGAUAACUGCGCACAAUAAUUGCGUGUACAACAAGAUUUGUCAGCCCCUCUCUCUCUCCAAUAAUGCUACCCUCUCAUCUCCCCUCCGCCGCUGACCCUCCGCGCCUCAGCCAGGACAUCUGCUCAACUCCUUUCGUCAGCGCUCCCUCCAGCCCCGCACAUUCCGCCCACUACUACAGUGCUCCCCCCACCCCCAUGCAUUUCGAUCACCCUGUGUUUCUCACCACUGAUUCCGCUUCAUUCGAAUUCGAAUUCGAAUUCUCUUCUAGGUUUUCUCCUACCGGUAAUUUGCCCAACGCCUCCAUGACGUCGGCCGACGAGCUCUUCUUCAACGGCCAGAUCCGGCCGAUGAAGCAAUUGCACAGCGGAGGCGGAGAUCUCAAAUUCUCGCACCGGAAAGCUAGAUCCAUGUCGCCGGCGGUGGAAUACGAGUGGAGAGGCUUCAGCUCCUCCUCCGCCGCCGGAGAACAGGCGAAGAGGAUCAACGAGUCGGCAGAGACGACGCCGUCUUGCUCGGCGUCUACGUCGCGGUCGUCGUCGUCGGGGAGGAACUCGAAGAAAUGGAUGUUUCUCAAGGAUCUCCUGCUUCGGAGCAAGAGCGAGGGGAGAGGGAACAUGAAGGAGAGAUUCUGGUCGAUCUCGUUCUCUUCACCGUCAUCUUCGCGGGACGCGAAGAAUGAGACGAAGAGAGGAACGAAGGCUCCGGUUAGCGGAAAACCUGCGAACGGCGUGUGGCGGAGGCGAGUGCCGCAGCCGUCGGCGCACGAGCUGCAUUACACGGCGAAUAGAGCGCAGGCGGAGGAGAUGAAGAAGAAGACGUUUCUGCCGUACCGGCAAGAUCUGCUUGGGUGCCUAGGGUUCAGUUCCAAGAGCUAUGUCGCCUUCGCUGGAUCAUUUACCACUAAUCGGAAUCCUAUUUCAUCCGCCUGAAAUCGAUCGUCUCCAAACAAUUUGUUUUCAAAAUUUGAAUUAUGGAGAUCUACUGUAUACUAACAGAAUUAUUGCGCUGAUGAUCAAUUUUACAUUUGUGAUUUGGUUUCAAUAUAUUUUCCCAUGAUGUAUUGGAAA